AUGGCGGGUGUGCUGAAGAAGACCACCGGUCUUGUGGGAUGCUGUGAGAGUCCACACGAGAGCCUAAAAAUAUUAUACACAAAGAUUCUUGAUGUUCUUGAGCAAAUUCCUAAAAAUGCAGCAUAUAUAAAGUUUACAGAACAGAUUACAAAUGAGAAGCUGGAAAUGGUUAAAGCGGAACCAGAUGUAAAAAAAUUAGAAGACCAACUUCAGGGUGGCCAAAUACAAGAGGUGAUUCUUCAGGCUGAACAUGAACUAAGUCUGGUGAGAAAAAUGAUGCAAUGGAAACCAUGGGAUCCUUUAGUAGAAGAGCCUCCUGCCAACCAAUGGAAAUGGCCAAUAUAAUCAUCAUUAAAUGAUUUAUGUGCUGAUGGGAAA